AUGGCAUCAACCACCCUCCCGAACUUCGAUGUACCAAAUCCGUUGACUCCAAUGGCAUUCCUGGAACCUGGAAUUGCUGGUCAGGUAAUGAACGGGCUGUUCAUUCAUAUCGGUAUACUGGCGGUCGUAGUAUGGGAUGGAUUGCAUAAUAUACGGAACGACCACCUACUGGCAACAAAGCAUCGGUUAGGAGUACCUACCGCUGCUUACUUUCUGUCGAGAAUUGCUUGCCUUAUCUAUGCUCUAGGAAGAGCGUUCCUACUCACUAUUCCCAUCGCGCACUGCAGACGAGUGGAACUAGCCAUCGAUUCCUUCCUGACCAUCUGUCUAUGUCUCAACACCCUUCUCUUCUACGUCCGCGUCUGUGCAGUGUACUACAACAAGCACUACAUCGUCGUCGGUUUCGGAAUCUUCUGGCUCGCAACGGUCGGCGUGUCGUGCCUCAUCCCGCGAGCGAUGACCGCGAUUCACAUUGGCCCAACAAGGCAUUGCGUCGAGAUCGUCGAUACUCACUCGCUUAUCCCGACCUACCUCGUCUUCUUCAGCUACGACAGUGCUAUCUUCUUGGCCACGGCCUAUCGGUUCUACAAGUUGUACACACAAGAAGAGACCUCCAUCCCGACAGGUCUGCGCGUUGUUUUUUUAGGCGCAUCGAUGCCAGCCUUCUCGAAAGCGAUGUUACACGAAAGCCAGCUAUACUAUAUGGCGGUUCCGCUUAUCAAGCUUGGCAUUAUCAUCGGCGCUUUUUGUUUCUCUGCAGAUACCCCUGGGUUGGUCGUCGUUUCCAACCUAGUCCCAGCGCAUGUCAUGCUCGCCAACGUCGUCACCUGCCGUGUCUUCAGGAACACAAAGCUUGGGCUCGUGCGCGAGCCUAUCGAUCGCCACUCGGAGUCUCUGCCUAGGAGCACCCGUCACAGCUCUCGCGCGGCAGGGAUGCAGUUCUCUACGCACUCUCACGUACGCUCAGGUGGAAAGUCAGAGGACAGAGAAGUAAAGGAUCUAUACGAGACUGGGAAGGAUGGAAAGUCGAUGAACAUGAGCCUCCUGGCGGUUCGUAAGGAGACGAAUACCUUCACUGUCAUCGACUAUCCGAGCCCGAUGUCUGAUGGAGGUUUCCCAGUCAGCCCGAGCGAGGCUAGCACGAAAAUGUAG